ACUGAAGGGUAGGGACCGGUCUGGCGGGCAGGAUGAAUACACUAUAGAUGCUUUAGAUGGCUCAACUUGCUACAGCCCUCUCUGCCUGUGUGUGUCAUGGGGAAAGGGGUUAUCUUCGGAACCUGGGAAUCUGCUUCGGGUGUGCACAUCUGUGAGUGUUCAGAGCCUAUGCCCUCGACCCUUCUAGACCCGAAACCAGCAGCCCCGGAACCCAAGGAGCUGAAGAGUUUCUUCCCAGUUGAACCUGAGAGGGCUCUGGAGGAAAUUAUUUCCACCGUUUAUCAGGCCCUAAGAAGGGACUCCGGGCUACGGGUUACAGACUUACUGUCCAGCCCACUUCAUUUGGAAGGAAGGAAGAAACCAGGGAAGCUAGAGAUUUCCUCACAGAGGAUGACUCUUAACACCCAGAAGGAAGCAAAGACCACUCUGCGACGUCGAGCCAGCACGCCACUACCCUUGUCGUCCAGGGGCCACCAGCCUGGCCGCCUGUGCACUGCACCCCCUGCACCAACCCAGCAUCCCCGACUGGGUCAGUCAGUCUCCCUCAACCCUCCCGUCCGGAAACCCUCCCCUGCCCAGGAUGGGUGGUCCUCUGAAUCCAGCGACUCCGAAGGCUCUUGGGAGGCACUCUACCGGGUGGUGCUUCUUGGAGACCCUGGUGUUGGGAAGACUAGCCUGGCCAGCCUCUUCGCAGAGAAACAAGACCGAGACCUUCCCGAGCAGCUGGGAGGUGUGUACGAGAGAACGCUGUCGGUGGACGGAGAGGACACCACUCUGGUGGUCAUGGACACCUGGGAGGCUGAGAAACUGGAUGAAAGCUGGCGCCAGGAGUCAUGCCUGCAGGCGGGCAGCGCCUACGUCAUCGUGUACUCCAUAGCGGAUCGCAGCAGCUUUGAGAGCGCCUCGGAGCUCCGAAUCCAGCUGAGGCGCACGCAUCAGGCCAACCACGUGCCCAUAAUCCUGGUGGGCAACAAAGCCGACCUGGCCCGCUGCCGGGAAGUCUCAGUAGAAGAGGGCCGCGCCUGCGCCGUGGUGUUCGACUGCAAGUUCAUUGAGACUUCGGCCACUCUGCAGCACAAUGUGACAGAGCUCUUCGAGGGCGUGGUGCGCCAACUGCGCCUGCGCCGCCAGGACAAUGCGGCCCUGGAGACACCUUCACCUCGACGACGGGCCAGCUUGGGCCAGCGCGCCCGCCGCUUCCUGGCACGCCUGACAGCACGCAGCGCACGACGCCGGGCACUCAAAGCCCGCUCCAAGUCCUGCCACAACUUGGCUGUGCUCUGAGGCCAGCGCAUCUCUGGGGUGAUGGGACACUAUGGUGCCACUGAGGAGAAAAGGUGCGUUGUUGGAGUCCUCUUGGUCGACCUUGCCUGUUGCCAGAAUGGCAAUAGCAUCGCCAGGAGCCAGUGAUUUGGGGAUGUUUCCUGCCGGGCGAAGAGAUAAAUAGGCAGACUAUGGGGCUAUAAACCCAAGCUAGGCACAAGGUUUUUUGUUUUUGUUUUUCUUUUUUUACAGGGUGGGUGUCCUUUUGUAAAUAAAAAAAUAAAAAAAUUUAAAAAGUAAAAUAAAAUCUUUCUUGUCCCUGGGCUGCGACCAACUCUCAGAAUGUACCACAAUAAGCCGGCCCAGGAUGUCCUGUCUGAUGUGUGGAGGUCUCUCCGUGGGCUCUUCCAGGCAUCUCCACUCUCUCCCCAGACAUCUAACUUGACUGUAGACUGGCUUGGCCUGCUGGCCCAGAUGUCUUGGACAAUCAAUAAAGUCAGUGAAUUAAUUAUAGGCUCAGGCCCUCCUCCCAACUGCCGGAUUUAGUUUCUACCCCAAGGCCUUUGAGGGAGACACACAGUGGAUCACAUUCCCAACACAAUGCUGAAUGACCUCCUAUUUCCUUCUUAACUCAUUUAUUUUAGAUUCUAGAACCACAAAAAUGUCUAGACUGGCACUGUAAGAGCUGCUGAUUGUGUGAGCUGACCAUGCCAAGGUAUCAAUCUGUCAUGUACGCUAGGGCGUCCUACCACGGAGCCGAACACCCAGCCCCUGUUAUUUUCAUGCAUGUGUGUGUUGUGUCUGUGCAACACUGGAGAGUGUGGCCCCUAACCUCCUCUGGCUGCUUAGGAAAAGGGGGUUCAGAGAGGGAAAGCAGGAGCCCAUAAUCACACAGCUCUUCUAAGUGAGGCCACCUAGAUCCCAGGUCCCUUGAGCCCCUGGCCACAGUUCUCCUCAGGAGGCAGUGGGGUGAAUAACUCAGUAAUAAAGAGCCAAGGAGAAGUCCCGAGUUCCAUCCCCAAAACUCAAGCAAAAAGCCAGCAUGGCACUACAAUACUAUAAUCCAGCACCUAAGAGGCAGGAACUAGUGGAUCCCUGGAACUCACUGGCCAGCCAGCCUGCCUUAUUUGGUGAGCUCAAGGCCAGUCAUGCUUUGUCUCUGGGGGAAAAAAAAAAAAAACAGACAGUAGGCAGAUGACCUCUGGCCUACACACACAUAGAGUGACAGGAGGUAGAGGUGUGACUGAAGGGUCAUAAGUUUGAUUCUAGCACUGCAAGGGGGUUCAGAGUAAAGGUACUAUGUUGGAAUAGCGGUACAUGCCCGUAGUCCAGAACUCAGUGAAUUGAGGCAGAUGAAUUGAGGCAGUCUAGCAGAAAAGGGAGGUGGAAGUUAGAUAAAUACCCAUAAUGCAGAAGGAAUGCAGAUGCAAGAGGAUCCCCCUGAAACUUCAAAAUCAACCUGGUCCACAAAGCGAGUUCAAGUUCCAAGCCGGCGAGGUCUAUGUAGCCAGCUGCUAUCUCAAAACCGAGGGAGGACACCAAUUUCCUAACACAAUUUUGCAUAUAAUCUGAGGGGGCCGGGCAAGAAUUCCGUGGAACUCAGUCCAUUAAUCCCAGGAUGGACACUAAUUUAGUUCAGUGCAUUCAUCUUCCAAAUGUGGAAAGUGAAGCCCUGAGACAGGCAGAGAGUACUCCAGAGUCAUCCAGCCAGUGAGUUCUGGGCUCUCCCUCAGGACCCAGCCCCCUCCUCUGACCUCCCUUGGCUGUGAGGGAUGAGGGACACAGUGAGGCUUCCCGCCUGGCUGAGGACCCAGCUGGGUGUAGGGGUCGGGUCAGGAGUUUCCAUCUCGGGGAGGAUGGGGGAGGAGGGACUGUCACAACUUUGAGAAGAGAACAAGAUGCAAACUGUUUAGACCAUCCUGCCUCAGACUUCUGACACCCCUGCCUCCAACCAGCUGCCCCCCACCAGACUCCUGGACCCUACACAGAAGUCACCCGUGAACCAGUGCAAAGGAUGAGGCACAGAAAAAUCAUACUUUGAGGUGCCCAGUUCUCCGAUGCUCACCGCCUACUCACUGGUCACCAGUUAUGCCCAGGAAGCAGAGGAGGGUCUCCCCGCCCCCGAAGUCGUCUCCGGCCUGCGGUUGAGAAUGGGGGUGGGAGGCUGUAACUGUGGAAAGUUGGCAGAGGCCACCGGCAGCAGCCGGGAGAGUGGAAAAAAUGAUAUCAAACCCGGAAAAAUGCAGGCCGGAUGGAGGGCUGGGUGCGAGGGAGGGGGAGGGGAAAACAGCUGCCUGGACGGAGAACCAAGAGAGGAGGCCAACCAGAGUUUCCCAGCGGGCCUUGAGAACCAUGAACGAGCGCUGUCCUUCCCUUCGUUCUUGCGCCACGGGUUUUAUUGAGGGACUACUAUGUGCCAAGGCUGAGAACCAGGCCCUGGGGAGACAUUGCUGGCUGCCUGAAGCUCACCCCAGAUGGUGGGAAGGUACGUUAGAGAACAGGGAUUAAGGGGUCAUCAGGGAGGGCUCCUCAAUUCACCCAUGAGGAAGGUGAAGCCAGAAAGAGGAGAGGUCUUCCACCAGGCCACUCAGAAUGAAAAGGAAGCCAGGAUAGGAAAUGUGGCUAUGUGGACAGGCGAGCACAUGCAGCCAGGGGUCAACAUUUGAACUCUGUUCCCUCCCCUUUCUCUGUGCCUCAUUUCCCCUCCCCACUAUAAAAUAAGAUUCGUGGCAAUUCCCUGCCCCAAACCUGACUCGAGGAUUAAUUGCUUUAAGACAUAUCCAACGGGACUAGGGAGAGGGCUCAGUGCUGCUCAGGGUCAAAGACACAAGUUCCGUCAGAGCCCAUGCAAACAGCCAGGUACCAUGUCACAGGCUUGUGAUCUCAACAUGGGGGAGACAGAGAUGCAGAUUCCUGACCCUUGAUGGACCAUCAUCUUGGCUUACUCUGUGAGCUGUAGGUUCCAGUGAGAGACCCUGUCUCAAAACUACAAGGUGAGCCCAGGUGCUGUACACCUUCAGUCCCAGCACUGGGGAGGAGGCCAGCCUGGUCAAUACAGCACGUUCUGGGACAGCCAGGGCUACACAAAGAGAGCCCAUCUUGAAAAAACAAAACAAACAAACAAACAAAAAACAGUGGAAUGGAUGCCUGCAGAGGCCCAGUACCUGAGGCUGGCUUGUAAUCUCCACACAGCCAUGCUAUUGCAUUUUAAGACCUUGGAGAAGUCCAGUGUUGAGCAGAAGUGAGUCUAAACUGAAGAUUUGCCUGGAAAUUUCUGCCUGGAUAUGCCACUGGAGAACUUUAGGAAAUUUUUAUUUCUUCCUUAGGCAUCAGUUUCCCUGUCUGCAAAAGAAAGGGACU